UUUAAAGUUGUGUAAUAAUGGGGUCCCAACGGCCGGUCCUGUACUGUUUGCUCGCGUUCCUUCUUCUCUGCGGCGCUUCUCUGGCCGCUCCGCCCCGCUAUGGCUACCUCUCCGCAAGCGUGGACUCGGUGAUAGCUUCCCGGGCUCAGGUCCAGUGCUAUGAUCCAAACACAUAUGAAGCCCCUGCUUCUGGCAACAAGCUCACGAUACGCCCCUCCUGUGGCCGGGUGGAGCGUGACAUCCUCGUCCACGACAGAGCGCGCCUUCGCACCGUCCGAGAGAGGUCGUCGUCAUCAUCAGCCAUGCCUCCGGUUCCAGCCAUCCCCAUCCCUCCGUUUAUUCCACCGACGCCGGGUCCAGCCCCAGCGGAGGCACCGUCAGCGACCAUCCCGGACCACACGGGGACGAACCUCAAAACGCCGGAGUUCGUCGUGGUCGUCGGCUUCGGCUCGCCGGCCCAGACAUCCGCCACAAUGUUCGACACCGGCAGUGACCUGUCGUGGAUCCAGUGCCAGCCGUGCUCGGGCCACUGCUACAAGCAGCACGACCCGGUCUUCGACCCGGCCAAGUCGUCCUCCUACGCCGUCGUGCCCUGCGGCACGACAGAGUGCGCCGCGGCGGGCGGCGAGUGCAACGGCACCACCUGCGUCUACGGCGUCGAAUACGGUGACGGCUCGUCCACGACCGGCGUGCUCGCCCGUGAGACGCUAACGUUCAGCUCGUCGAGUGAGUUCACCGGCUUCAUAUUCGGAUGCGGCGAGACCAACCUCGGCGAUUUCGGUGAGGUCGACGGGCUUCUCGGCCUUGGCCGUGGCAGCCUUUCACUGUCCUCACAGGCUGCUCCAGCGUUCGGCGGCAUCUUCUCCUACUGCCUGCCGUCCUACAACACCACGCCCGGGUACCUCAGCAUCGGCGCGACCCCGGUCACCGGCCAGAUUCCCGUUCAAUACACGGCGAUGGUAAACAAGCCAGACUACCCGUCCUUCUACUUCAUCGAGCUCGUCUCCAUCAACAUUGGGGGUUACGUCCUGCCCGUGCCGCCGUCCGAGUUCACGAAAACGGGCACCCUCCUCGACUCCGGCACGAUCCUCACGUACCUCCCUCCGCCCGCCUACACCGCGCUCCGCGACCGGUUCAAGUUCACCAUGCAGGGGAGCAAGCCGGCGCCGCCGUACGACGAGCUCGACACCUGCUACGAUUUCACAGGCCAGAGCGGGAUACUCAUACCUGGCGUGUCCUUCAACUUCAGCGACGGCGCCGUUUUCAACCUCAACUUCUUCGGGAUCAUGACGUUCCCGGACGACACCAAGCCGGCCGUCGGGUGCCUCGCGUUCGUGUCCAGGCCAGCGGACAUGCCAUUCAGCGUCGUCGGCAGCACGACGCAGCGUUCGGCCGAGGUGAUCUAUGACGUCCCAGCCCAGAAGAUUGGUUUUAUCCCGGCCAGUUGCUGAUUUUGAGUUUAGAUCAUAUAAACGAGUUGUGAACACGUGUCAUUUCCGGAUUCAGGUGUAUGAAUAAAGGCAUCUCCAACCACGGUUGAUACUAAAUUUGUUCUUUCCUUCUUUUAAUAUAUUUUUUAUUCAUUUUUUUAUAAACCCGCAUGUCACUUUUUUUCUAUCUUGAUAUCCAUGUAUAGAGCUGCAAUUUUGUGACCCAUAGGGUAACUUUUGACCCUCCAUAGUUCAACCAAAUGAACUAAUUAAA